GCUGCAUCCCAGCUGCAGAGAUUGCUUAAUUCCAGCUGCACCAGAGGCACUGGCUGGGACCCUUCCCCAGGAUAGGUCGGUGCAUUUGGGACCAGUCUCGAGGUCACAUCCACCCUCCCCGCCCCACCGCACAGGGACUCGCCAAGCCCAGUGACCAUGCGGUCCGCAGUGUCCAUCGCUCUGAUCCUCGUGGCUCUGACGGUCCUGGCAGACUCUGCUCAGGUUGAACCGACAGAGCCAACCCUGACCCAAAAGUUUGAGAAGUUCCAGAACAAGCUGCAGGCCUUUGCUGAGAGCAUUGCAGAUAAAACCAAAGCCGCCUUCCAAGAACUGCAUCACAGGGAGUUCAGCGAAAAGGCCCGGAACUGGUUCUCUGAGCAAUUCCAGAUCUUAAAGGAGAAGUUCAAUGAGAAGUUUUCCAGGGACUGAUCUGACUGAGAGGGUUUUUUCUGCAAAGUGCACAGGCAAUUCCUGGGGUACAGGUCCCCUUGAAGAGAUCAUGCUGGGAGGGGAACCCAGGGUUGACAUCCAAGUUCUGGUUUUCUGUUGCUUUUGUUGUAGCCAUGAAUAAAUGCUCAUUGCCUUAGUGCUGGGUUUGUA